AUGGACAGCUCUAUGAAACGAAGAACUUUGCUUAAGGUCAUCGUCCUCGGAGAUAGUGGGGUGGGAAAGACUUCUUUGAUGAAUCAAUAUGUAUAUAAGAAGUUCAUUCGACAAUACAAAGCUACAAUUGGUGCUGAUUUUGUGACAAAGGAGCUUCAAAUUGAUGACAAAUUGGUGACUUUGCAAAUUUGGGACACAGCAGGGCAAGAAAGGUUUCAUAGUCUCGGGGCGGCAUUUUAUCGGGGAGCAGAUUGCUGUGUUCUUGUUUAUGAUGUGAAUGUUCUAAAAUCAUUUGAAACACUUCAGAACUGGCAUGAAGAGUUUCUCAAACAGGCAGAUCCAGCUGAUACUGAGGCAUUUCCAUUUAUACUACUGGGCAACAAAAUUGAUAUAGAUGGCGGAAACAGCAGAGCGGUUUCUGAGAGGAGAGCCCAAGAAUGGUGUGCCGCCAAGGGAAACAUACCGUACUUUGAGACAUCAGCAAAAGAGGACUAUAACGUCGACGAAGCAUUUCUCUGUGUAGCAAAAACAGGACUCACCCAUGAACAUGAACAAGACAUUUACUUCAAAGGUAUAUCAGAAACUGUUUCAGAAGCAGAGCAAAGAGGGGGGUGUGCAUGCUAA